AUGUGCAACAUUCGGGAACGAGUUGACAAGUUCAUUGUUGAAUCCACGGGAAACGCCAGCCAAGUGUGGCAGAGGCUCCAUAUGGAUUUUGGGGAGGCCAUGGAUGGUAAAAUGUGGUUAAUAAUAGUCGAUGCAGUAUUGAAAUGGCCUGAAGUGUCGUUCAUGCGCACAACGACCGUCGAGAAAACGAUAGAUAUAUUUAGUAAACAUGGCCUCCCGGAGCAAGUAGUAGUGGAUAGUGGGCUACCGUUUAUAGCUAAGGAGUUCAAGGAGUGGGACAAGUGUGUCUGCGGAACCAUGGAAAUAGCUGGAGAAGUGGUCGGGUCGAACACGUAUAGAGUGCAUCAUGGUAUCGGAAGUCGCUGGACACAUGCUGACCAGCUGGAGAAGCGAGUGUCGUUUUGGGAGGAGGAGAAUCCUCAAAAGGUAGGGAGUCAACGGUCGGCAAGGAAGAGCAACAAGAAGAACACUCGGAAGAAGGACGAACUGGAGCGAAGUAGGCAGUACUCAGGAGGUCGAGCCGCAAACGAAGACAACGGAGAAAAUGAAGGAGUAUCUCGCCAUGAAGAGGGCGCGAGUGAAGAAGCCGGCCGAGUGUCGGGUGUAGUAGACAAGAUAAUCCCGAGCCGCGUGUCCUCCGGAGCGGCUUACCCCACGGUCGUGCCUGUCGAGGCCGGGCUCGAAGAUGGCUGCGACGAGGCCCCUCUCUCACGGUACGAGUCGUCGCCCAGCAGUGAGACGCGCCCAGGAGGGUGUCGUCGGGAUGUGAGAUGGCAGAGGAGCGACAAGAAGUCAGGAUUAGCAUCGAAGCACAUGAAGAUGCCGAACCCCGCAGCCCGUGUAUGGAGGAAUAAAGAGUUGUGA